AUGUCUGAGGAUAGACCAUCAACAUCUAAAUGGUCGCUUCAGUUUGCAACUGAAUUGCCAUCCUCACAAACAACAACUUCUGAAAAUAUAGGUCCUAUAAAAACUUUGAAUCCAUACCAAAAUAAAUGGACAAUCAAAGGGAAAGUUACUCAUAAAUGGCCUAUUAAGGCAUAUAGCACAACCACCAAAAAUGGCCAUGUCUUUAGCUUUGACAUUGUUGAUUGUGAUGGUUCUGAAAUUAGAACUACAUGUUUUGAUGAGAUAGCUAAGUUACACUAUAACCGUGUGGACAUAGGUUCACAUUAUAUUAUUUCAAAAGGAUCUGUUAAGGAGGCAAAUGCAAGGUACAACAAACUAAACAGUCAAUUAGAAAUCACCUUGUCUGAUACGUCCAUAGUAAAACAUUGCACCAACGAAGAACAAGUUGAUCAACAAACUGCUCCUUUCACACCUAUUGGUGAAUUGUUUCAACUAACAAACAAUACACUGGUUGACAUUAUUGGUCUUGUUCUAUAUGUUGGAGAUAUCAUUCCUAUUCACAGGAAAGAUGGCAGUGAAACACAAAAAUGUGUUGUGCAAAUUAAUGAUCUAUCUGGUUCAACAAUUGACAUCAACUUAUGGGGCCCAAUAGCAGAACAAAAUGGUCUGGAAUUGAAAAAUAUGUUGACCAAUGAUAGUGUGGUAAUCCUUGCUUUACGUAAUGCUCAUGUUGGCUAUUUCAAUGGCAAGCUUGUGAACAUAACAGCUACAACAACAUUACAUAUCAACCCAAGUUUCCCAGAAGCAAAGCUUCUAACAUCAAGAGGAAGGGACCCUUUGCUUGCUCUACCCUUUGUUGCAGAAACUAUCCACAUAGACGACAAAUAUACUAGAAUGACAAUCUCUUCGAUCCGUGAGCGGAUGAGCAUCAAACCAGAAACAAUUUAG